AUGCUGCGCUACGGGCAAUGUUGUCAGCCGUAAAUCUAUUCUGUGUGGUAGCCAGAACAUCAUCGUUGCAGGGGAUUAUCAGCGAGGAUAGCAUAUUAAGAGGGGACCUUUCUAGCAUUAAAAUUGGCAGAUAUUGUAGGAUUGGACAAGGGACCGUUAUUAGGCCUCCAUACAAGCGCUUUAAAAAGGGCGUUGCUUUUAGUCCCCUGGUUAUCGGGGACUUUGUUACUAUCGAAGACGGUUGUGUUAUUCAGGCCUCCUUUAUUGGUUCGUACGUGAAAAUCGGAAGGAACUGCAUAGUAGGCCAAAGAUGUGUACUUAAAGAUUGUUGUGAACUUAAAGAUGACACUACUCUUCCUUCUGAUUCUGUAGUACCUCCUUUUACCUUGUACGGUGGAUCUCCAGGAAUACAAAAAGGUAACUUGACCGGAGCCACUGAAGAAUUAAGAAAAGAAGAGUCGAGAUCGUUUUAUCUUCUUUUUACUAAACGCCAAGAGUUAAUAAAAUAA